CCUACAUAUUUAACCUCUACUCUCUAUUCUUUUUAUUGACUUUGUUUUUUUUUCCUCCCCCAACACACUUUUCUUUUCUCUCCUAUCUUCCUCUCUUUUUUUCUCUUCAUUCUCUCUUCCUCCACUUGUCUCUACAAUGUCUUUGCUCAUGGUGGAGGAGGAGGAACACAAUGCACAGCAACAUGAAGCCCGAGAAGGUGAUCCUGUCGCGAUGAGCACGCCUUCCAAUAUCUUGAAAGGGAAGCGGACUAAGAGACAGAGGCCACAAUCACCCUUACCAUUCUCAGUUGCACCUGCAAAUUCUUCAAGCAACAAUGCAGGAGGGGAUUAUGUGACUAGCACCACCACGAGCGACGAGGACUCGGCUGGGCCUGGCACCACGGAGGAGGAGGAAGACAUGGCCAAAUGCUUGUUGCUAUUGGCGCAAGGUGGUCCCAAAAAUGAUUCACAUUUCGGGCUAGUUCCUUAUAAAUUCACUAGCAAAAAGUACUUGGAAACAAGCACAAGUACUAAUGGCAAAACAGGCAUUUAUGUCUACCAAUGCAAAACAUGCAACCGAACCUUCCCUUCUUUCCAGGCUCUAGGAGGUCAUCGGGCUAGUCACCGCAAGCCUAAGAACGUUAACGCGGCCUUGGAGAACAAGCCGAGGCUUAUAAUUUCAGACGAAGACGAAGAUCAGCCACCACCAUUCAAGAGAAGUUUCUCCGCUUCCUCUCUGUCUCUUCAACUAACAACUAGGCCUAAUGUACCAUUCACCAACGCGGAUUACAACAAGUACUCCCCCAGGGUACAUGAAUGCGCGAUUUGUGGGACAGAGUUCUCAUCCGGACAGGCCUUAGGUGGUCACAUGAGGCGCCAUCGUGGAGGCGCCCCUGUCAACCGCAGCAAUGCCACAGCUACAACUACUAACACCAGCACCAAGACUCUGCCAUUGCUACCAUUCUGUCCAAAUCCAAUCUCUGCCAUUGAUCCCAUCGAUUAUCAUCAAGAAACCAAGAAACUCAAGACUAGUAGUCCUGUCAAUUUGUCCUUGGAUCUCAACCUUCCUGCUGCCACAGAAGAUGAAAAUAAACAUCAUAAGCAAAACCUCGAAUCACCCUCUUAUUCAUUUUCUUCACAGCAGCAGAACCCGCAACAACAGCAACAGCAACAACCGCAGCAACAACAGAAACAGACUUCUCUGGUUUUAGCAGCUGCACCAACAUUGGUUGAUUGUCAACACUAAACAUUAACAGGAGUAUUUUCCCCCUUCUUUUAUACAUAUCAUUUAAUCUUAACUUUUUAAAGAUCUUAUGAUUUAACAAUUCACUAACAUUGUGAAUUAUGUUCUAGCAUACUUACUACAAUUAUUCUUGAAUUCUUCGAAGAAUUUAUUAAUUCUUUAUUAUAUUUCCAGGUAAUAUUGUAAAUGUUUUUAAAGGAAUAUUUUUUUAUAGCA